AUGUCCAACUCCAACGAGCCACCGGAAAAACAAACUACACAUUCUCCGCAGCUGUCUCUUUCUUCAUUGCCUGACGAUAUCAUUCUGAAAUGCUUGGUCGGCGUCCCAAGGAUGUAUCACCUAAACGUCUCAUGGGUCUCAAAACACCUAAGAUCCCUUGUUCGCUCGCCUGUGCUCACCGUCUUGCGAUCCACCCUCCUCCCCAAGAGCUCCCUCCACGUAUGUUUCGAAGAAAAUAACAAACACACAACUUACCAUUGGUUUACACUCAACGAAACGGAGUAUGGUUUUGUUCUGAACCCAACUCCCUUCCCUUCUCAUCCUAGUCACGGUUCUUCAACCGUUGCAGUGGGGUCUUCAAAGAUCUUCUUCAUUUGUGGACCUAGAGGAAAACCUUCCACGGAUCUAUGGAUCCUUGAUACACGAUCUCGAAACAUGAUUAAGGGACCAAGCAUGAGCGUUCCUCGAGUAGCUCAUGAAGCAGCUGUUGGUGUAAUCGACGGGAAGAUACACGUGAUGGGAGGCAGAGGGUUCAACGAAGAGACCCAAGUCGAAGUUUUCGAUCCGAACUUGGAGACUAAUUGGGAGCUUGCGGGGGUGGAGAAAGUGCGUAAGAGUUCGUUCUUUUCACAGACCAGUGUGUCGGUGGAAGGGAAGGUUUAUAUGGUGGAGUACGAGGAGACCAGCGUGUACAACCCGAGGAAAGGUGAAGGAGAACCAAGGAUGGUUCGGUUUGUAAGCGAGAUGAUCACGGAAGGUGGAAGAAAGAACAAGUUCACUGGUAUGGCGCAUAGCGUGUGUGUGGUGGAGGAUGUUCUCUUUGCUUUCUUUAAAGAGAAAGGGUUGAUGUGGUUUGAUACAAAGCUCAAUGUGUGGAGAAGAUUGUUGGUUCGUGAUGGGAAGCAACUGGUUAUCUCAAGUGUGAAGGGGAUGUCGGAAUAUGACGGAAGGCUUGUGGUUUUUAACUACAGGACCCCAACGAAAGCAUUGUGGGAUGUCCAGUGUAUAUUGGUCUCACUGGAUAGAGUUGGUGAAAAGAUUUGUGGGACGAUUGAUUGGUCUGGUGUUGUGGCGACGGUCCCAUUUUUGUUUAGUUUUCAGCAUUGUUUAGCUGUUCCCAAGUGA